CUUCCCUCUUGCCCUUUGAUGUUUUGUAGGCCCGCAGUUCCCAAACAGAGGCAUGAUGGGGGAGAAUGUCACCAAGGUCAGCACCUUCAUCCUGGUGGGCUUCCCCACGGCCCCAGGGCUGCAGUACCUGCUCUUCCUCGUCUUCCUGCUCACCUACCUCUUUGUCCUGGUGGAGAACCUGGCUGUCAUCCUCGCUGUCUGGAGCAGCACCCACCUCCACAGGCCCAUGUACUACUUUCUGAGCUCCCUGUCUUUCCUGGAGCUCUGGUACGUGUCUGACAUCAUCCCCAAGAUGCUGGAGGGCUUCCUGCUCCUGCGGAAAUGCAUCUCUUUUGUCGGGUGCAUGACGCAGCUCUACUUCUUCAGCUCCCUGGUGUGUACCGAGUGCGUGCUCCUGGCCUCCAUGGCCUACGACCGCUACGUGGCCAUCUGCCACCCGCUGCGCUACCACGUCCUGGUGACCCCGGGGCUGUGCCUCCAGCUGGUGGGCUUCUCCUUUGUGAGCGGCUUCACUGUCUCCAUGAUCAAGGUCUAUUUUAUCUCCAGCGCCACGUUCUGUGGCUCCAACGUCUUGAACCACUUCUUCUGUGACAUCUCCCCCAUCCUCAAGCUGGCCUGCACGGACUUCUCCACUGCAGAGCUGGUGGAUUUCAUCCUGGCCUUCAUCAUCCUGGUGUUUCCGCUCCUGGCCACUGUGCUGUCAUAUGGGCACAUCACCGUGGCCGUCCUGCGCAUUCCCUCGGCCACCGGCCGCUGGAGAGCCUUCUCCACCUGUGCUUCUCACCUCGCCGUGGUCACCAUCUUCUACAUGGCCAUGAUUUUCAUGUAUGUCCGGCCUCAGGCCAUUGAUUCCCGGAGCUCCAACAAGCUCAUCUCUGCUGUGUACACUGUCAUCAUGCCAAUAAUUAACCCUUUGAUCUACUGCCUGAGGAACAAGGAAUUUAAGGAUGCCUUGAAAAAGGCCUUGAGUCAAACUUCACAGUAAGACAACUAAGUGUCCUAGAAUAAAAUCUGUAGUGAUGAAACAACGUCAUAUACGGCUCUUUAAACUAAUUUUUAACUGAAAGUAAACAAACCUACAGAACUGUGCACAAGUAAUAAGACUUCACCUGCAUGUGUUUUCACAAAAGGACCAUACUCAUGGAACCAGCUCCCAGAUCAAGAACUGGAAGCUGUCUCCAUGCCCUCUCCCAGUCAUUAUCCCUGCUCCACGAGAACCACUAUCCUGACUUCCAAAACCAGAUGCUAGCUUUGGUGUUUUUGAGAGGUUUACACAUGUAAUCAUAAAGUAUGUACCCUGUUAUUUCAGCUUCUUUCAUUCACCGCGCUGCUUGAUGGAUCUUUGAUGUUUUCGCAGGUAACAAUAAUUCAUGCAUUCUCAUUGCUGUCCAACAUUCAUAAUACAUAAGGCAUUAACACUGUAUAAUACAUAAUGCCAAAUACAUUUACACUGUAUAAUACAUCAUGCAUAAUACACUUAGACUAGGGUAAUACAUACACUGAGAUAAUGCAUAUACUGUAUUAUGCACACGUAACACAUUAUGCUGGAGGAACCCCUGUCCUGCCUCUCCCAGCAGGGGCAAGCCACUGUGCUCAACCACAAUGUAUGUAUCUAAACAGAGAAGAGGUAAGUAAAAAUGUGAUAUUAUAAUCUUAUGGGAACACCGUUUUAUAUGCUGCUCAGUUCAUCAUUGACCAAAUGUUGUUAUGUGGUACACAACUCUUAUCAAUUGAGAAUAUGUGUUGGCUUAUUUCUGGACCCUCUGUUCUGUUAAGCUGAUCUAUGUAUCUAUCAAUAUCAUACCCUUCUCCAUACCACACAGUCUUGAUUAAUAUCAUUAUGUAGUAAUUCUUAACACUGGAAGAAUGACUCCU